UUUUUUUUGUGGAUGCGGUUUUCGUCUCGACCUUCAAGCUUCGUUUGUUUUGUUUUUUUUUCCUUCUCCCCCCUCUCCCUCUCUCUCUUUCUUCCUCGUUUCUUUCUGGCGUUCGAGCGAAACGGGGGGGAAAAACAAUGUGCGAAAACAUCUGGGUGCGGCGCACUUCGGGGGGGAAAGGGUUCGCCCUCGCGGACGUCGCGCGCGUCUCUGCCUCUUGUGUUUCCUCGCUGAGCGUUGUGGACAUUUUGUAUCCUCUUUAGCGCUCGCCGUCGGCGCUCUCACCGAGGAGGCGUUCGCGUUUUCGCUUCAACCCCUGCCGUCGUCCGGUUAGCCCGGGUUACUGCCGGAGGAGAAACGACAACGACGACAACAACAACAACAAAAGAGGUUACGGCCGUGGACGGUAAACAAGUUGGGAAGACGAAUGGUGGCUCGACCGAGGAGAAUGCGCAAACUGGGCUAGCUUUGUGGGCGCAGUUGGAGGCGGCUGUAGCUAACAGCGGCUAACGCAAAGGAAACCCCCACGGAGCUGGUCGGGAGAGCUAGCCGAUGUCCGACACUCGAGGUAUUUUCCGGACGUCGACGUCGGAGGCAUUUUGCGGACAUCUGUAAACGAGACGCCAGCGCGACAUCGACUCCAACGAAAAAAAAUUGUUGCUCUCGGAUUUUGCACCGGCCACACACUGGGACCCAGGGGCUUAAGUCAUAAAUGACAAGCGCCUCAGGAUGUCCAAGCGGAACUUGUUUGUUCGUCUCGUGCCGUGCCGCUGCUUGCGGGGUGAGGAGGAGACCGUGACCUCGCUGGACUACUCCCACUGCAGCCUGGAGACGGUUCCUAAAGAGAUCUUCAGCUUUGAGAAGACCCUGCAGGAACUCUACCUCGAUGCUAACCAGAUUGAGGAAUUACCUAAACAACUGUUUAACUGCCAGUUGCUCCACAGGCUGAGCAUGCCAGAUAAUGACCUAACCGUGUUGCCAGCAGCGAUUGCAAACCUCAUCAAUCUCAGGGAGCUUGAUGUCAGCAAGAACAGUAUUCAGGAGUUUCCAGAAAACAUCAAGAAUUGCAAAGUCCUAGCUAUUGUAGAGGCCAGUGUGAACCCCAUAUCUAAGCUCCCUGAGGGCUUUACCCAGCUUCUGAGUCUGACCCAACUCUACCUUAAUGACGCCUUCCUUGAAUUUUUACCAGCAAGCUUUGGCAGACUGACUAAACUACAGAUCCUGGAGCUGAGGGAGAACCAGCUGAAGAUGUUGCCAAAAAGCAUGCACAAACUCACACAGCUGGAGAGAUUGGACCUGGGGAGUAAUGAGUUCACUGAGGUGCCUGAGGUGCUGGAGCAGCUGACUGGAAUCAAGGAGCUGUGGAUGGACGGCAACAGACUGACAUUUUUACCCGGGAUGCUGGGGAUGCUGAAACAGCUGACAUAUUUAGACAUGUCCAAGAACAACCUGGAGAUGAUCGAUGAGCAGAUCUCCGGGUGUGAGAGUCUACAGGAUCUUCUGCUCUCCAACAAUGCACUCACACAACUACCUGGCUCAAUUGGUUCUCUUAAGAAGCUGACUGCCCUGAAGGUGGAUGAGAACCAGCUGAUGUACUUGCCAGACUCCAUUGGAGGACUGACUUCGUUGGAUGAACUGGACUGCAGUUUCAAUGAGAUUGAGGCCCUACCUUCUUCCAUUGGCCAGUGUGCCAGCAUGCGUACCUUUGCUGCGGACCACAAUUUCCUUUCACAGCUCCCCCCAGAGAUGGGCAACUGGAAGAGUGCUACUGUGCUGUUUCUGCACUCCAACAAGCUGGAGUCUUUGCCGGAGGAGAUGGGCGACAUGCAGAGACUCAAGGUUAUCAACCUCAGUGACAACAAAUUGAGGAAUCUACCCUACAGUUUUACUAAACUGAACCAGAUGACUGCAAUGUGGCUGUCUGAGAAUCAGUCAAAGCCCCUUAUCCCCCUCCAGAAAGAGGAAGAUCCAGACACAGGCAAAACUGUGCUCACCAACUACAUGUUCCCCCAGCAAACCAGGACAGAGGAGUACAUUCCCAACUCGGACUCUGAGAGCUUCAACCCCUCUCUCUGGGAGGAGCAGCGCAAGCAGCGAGCCCAGGUGGCGUUCGAGUGCGACGAGGACAAGGACGAGAGAGAGACGCCACCACGGGAGGGCAACCUGAAGCGCUACCCUACACCGUAUCCAGAUGAGUUGAAGAACAUGGUGAAGACAGCUCAGUCAGUGGCUCAUCGUCUAAAGGAGGAUGAAUCAAGUGACGAGUCGUGCAAAGACGCGAGACCUGUUGAGCAGAAUCACAUCGGCGUGCAGGAUGUUGGAGUCAAGGUAAUAGAGACCUCCUGUGCCAAUGGCAAAGCAACCGAGAUGGAGCCCAAAUUAUCUACCAACACAUGUGUCCAGAACUCCCCCACAAAUGAUCUAAAAGACACCUCUGAGUCUUACAGCUCCCAGAAGGUCCCACUCAAAUCCUCAGAGACCUCUGUGGUCAACCAUGAAGACACACUUGAGGACUCCGAAGAGCUGUCAGAUGAGGAGGAAGAGAUGAAAAUAGCAGAAAUGAGACCACCUCUUAUUGAGAUCUCUAUCAACCAACCUAAAGUAGUGACCCUUAGUAAGGACAAAAAAGAUGAUGGGAAAGACGCUGACUCAUUGCUUGAUGACACUGUGGCCAACAGCAACCAGAACAACAGCAAUUGCUCAUCGCCAUCACGGAUGUCUGACUCUGUGUCUCUGACCACAGAUAGCAGUCAGGACAACUCCCUUUGCACCCCAGAGAGAGAGUCAAAGAUGCCCUUUCUUCCCAGGAGGAGGCAAGAAGAUGAGAAUAUGAACCAACACAAAGAGACCACUCCUCUGCUUCAUAAUGGUAAUGGUUUGGACAUAUCCUUGCAGGCUCUGCCAAAAACCCAGCAAACCCAGCCCGAGAAAAUGGGUGACUAUGACCUCUCAAUGGAGGCAAGGCUAGCAUUCAUUGAGAAAGGUAUUAAUAACGGCAUGGGAGAUGCCUUUACCAACUGGGACCAGAUCAAUAUGAACGUGUCCAAGCUGCCACCUGAUAAUAUGGUUCAACUGGACGACUUGGACAAACAUAAGAAUGGUUCCACUGUCAAGGAGGACUUGAAUAACAAAAAAGGCUUCAGCGUUGACAACAUAGACCAUUUAGAAAAUGGCAACCAACAGAUCAGUGACUGCUUUAAUAGCCUGGGGAACAGAAGCCAAGCAGUGUCACCAAUAAGAGUAGAGACAUCUGCAGUGCAUAUGGCCUCGUCAGGCGGGACAGUCAGCAGUGAUAUGUCUCUUUCUCGUAGCACAGAGGAUCUAUCCCCAGAAAAAAGGUGCCCUCGUCCUCAAGUGGUGAAGUCCCAGAGCAUCACCAACAUUGAGACUGGGGGCAUGAAGUUAUACUACAUUGAUGGGGAGGGUGAUGCAUGUGAUGCAGGAACGGUAAACAGGAUAGCUGUGGCUGCUCCAGCACCAGGAGCUCAGGGCCAGAGCAUAGCCAGGAGCAAGUCAGCCUCCCUGCUCAAUGACCAGACUCUCCAGGUCUAUGCUAGCUCUUCUGCCUCCUCCUCAGAUUUGCUCUCCAGCACUUCUAAACUUUUGACCAGCUCCAGCAGGUAUCCAGUUUCCUCCAGCAUGGCCAUGGGUAUCCCUCCUCCUCAAUACAAUAUUCAAUACACAAGCAGUUCCAUGCCCACAGAGGGCCUCUGGACCCAGAGGACACCUAUUCCCCCAGACCACCAAGGCUACCUCCCUCCACCUCAACACUCACAAGCCAACACCAACUACUCCAAUCGUAACCAAGCACCACCCUACCCCUUGCAGCCCCAGCAAAGAGGUACUUCAAUGGGCCCCAAGCCCCCUGGUGACAUGUGGACUAAGGAAAGACUACAGUCAUCUGGUAGCCAGCCAAGGAGUAGCACUCUGCAGAGGCAGAGCAGUAGCUCCUCCACAGCCUCUAUGGGAGACCCAAGGCGGAUGCAGGUGCUUGAAGGAGAGUACAUGACAUACAGGGACAUCCAUACUCUUGGCAGGGGACCGCUGGCAAUGAGCCAGGCCAUGCAGCGGCCCCUCUCUGCUCGCACAUACAGUAUAGAUGUACCUGGAUCUUCUCGGCCUCUCGGUGCUAGGGCACAGCCCCAUGAACUGCCAGAGAGGACCAUGUCUGUCAGUGACUUCAGCUACCAGCACAACAGCCCCAGCAAGCGGCCCAGUAAUAGGGUCAAGUCUGAGCACUCCCUCCUUGAAGGGCCUGGAGCAGGACCAGGGGGAAUUGGAGCAGGAAAGGUGCCAGCUGACUGGAGAGACCAGGUGAUGCGUCACAUUGAAGCUAAGAAAAUGGAAAAGGAUGAGGUGUUUGGUCUCCAGGGGCAGCAGAGCUACACCAUGGACCCCCACAGAAAAGUGCCUUCGAUUAAUGGUCAGUUGGGCCCUCACGUUCGUCCUCAGAUGAGCCAGUCAAUGGCCCGCCACCCCUCCAGAGAGCAGCUCAUAGAUUACCUUAUGUUGAAAGUCUCCCAGCAGUCCCAGGGGCCCCCACGCAUGCCACAUGAUACAAUGCAGCAAGAGAUCCGUGUGAAGGUGGAGAAGAAUCCGGAGCUGGGUUUCAGUAUAUCAGGAGGAGUGGGGGGCCGAGGAAAUCCGUUCCAUCCAGACGACAAUGGUAUAUUUGUGACCAGAGUCCAACCUGAGGGGCCUGCAUUCAAGGUUCUUCAGCCUGGAGAUAAAAUCAUCCAGGCGAACGGAUACAGCUUUGUGAAUAUCGAUCAUGGGAACGCGGUUUCCCUCCUGAAGACAUUUCCCAGCACUGUGGAUUUGAUAAUUGUAAGAGAAAUGUUGGCAUAGUCUUUUUUUUUGUGUGUGUGCGAAUUCCGCUUGGACAUCAGAAGAGAUGAGUAGGGAAACACGGAAACCCAUGUUCACUCAUAUUUUUAUACAAAGAAGAAACUGGUCUAUAGAAACCUAUGGGGAAAUAUUUAUGAGAUCUUCAGAGCCUUCGUGUAAAGGGGGGAAACCACUGCGCGCAGUGGAUUUAGAAGAGAAAUGGGCAAAAAUCUGGAAGUAUGUUGUCGUCAAGAGGCCGUCACUGUGGUAUGGAGUAAUUUUAUAUAAAGGAUCCUGAAGACAUGACCUGCUCUGAAACAAGUAACAACUGUGCUCUCUGUACAGCUUUUUUUGUUUUGUUUGUUGUUUGUUUUGUUUUAUAAAAGUCAGUUUGAAGCUUCCCAUCACCCAUUCCAUUUUUUUUUGGGGGGGGGGGGAGAACGAACUGUAGCUUACCACUAGGGGGCAGGGCUCCCACUCUUUCGUCAUCAAACUUGCCUAUCUCUUUUAAUUGUGACUUAAUUUAACAAGAUGUUGAAACCACUCGCUGGUGUGUUGUGUGAUGUGAUACGGGGGACAGCGUUAUGUGCUUUUUUUGUGAAGAUGAAUGUAGAGCAAGGUGGAGUUUUUUGUUUUUUUUGUUUUUUUUUUUGAAAGAGUUUCUGUUUUCCUGAAGAUCGAAGAGCCCGAGUAAGGCGGGGUUGGAGGGAGGGCGAAUCAUCCAUCUCCAUAACUCUAUACACGUUCCAACAUCCUACUGCGAGCAGAAAAUACUGCACUCACUAACCCCAUCCAUCCCUCUCGGGCAAACGAUCUGCCCCUGUUCUGCGUCUCGCCACCACCCGUCGCCGUUUUACCCGCUGACGAAAGCCUUCACAAUACGGCUGCGUCACGGUGUCCUGGAUGCUGGAAGGAUGCUCUCCGAACGUGCUCGUUUCACAUAGACCGGAAUCCGGAGCGGGAGAUGACCCUC